CAAAACAAACUCCAUAACAUUAAUAAUGAAACUUGAGAGAGAGAGAGAAAAUGUCGUUCCGCAGCAUAGUUCGUGAUGUGAGAGACAGUAUAGGAAGUCUGUCGAGGCGUAGUUUCGACUUUAAGCUAAGCAGCUUGCACAAAGAAGGUGGGAAAUCUCGUGGUUCGGUUCAAGAUUCUCACGAGGAACAACUUGUAGUAACGAUUCAAGAAACCCCGUGGGCGAAUCUACCUCCAGAGUUAUUGCGCGAUGUGAUCAAAAGACUUGAAGAGAGCGAAAGUGUGUGGCCUGCUCGUAGACAUGUGGUUGCUUGUGCUUCUGUGUGCAGGUCAUGGAGAGAUAUGUGCAAAGAGAUUGUUCAAAGUCCCGAGCUCUCGGGCAAAAUCACAUUUCCUGUUUCGCUUAAACAGCCGGGACCAAGAGAUGCAACAAUGCAAUGCUUUAUCAAGAGGGAUAAAUCUAACUUGACUUAUCAUUUAUACCUUUGUCUCAGUCCUGCUUUGUUGGUUGAGAAUGGAAAGUUCCUUCUUUCUGCAAAACGCAUAAGAAGAACUACUUACACCGAGUACGUGAUCUCUAUGCACGCCGACACCAUUUCGAGAUCAAGCAAUACUUACAUUGGCAAAAUCAGGUCUAAUUUUCUUGGGACGAAGUUCGUAAUAUACGAUACACAACCUGCAUACAACAGCAACACCGCUCGAGUGGUCCAACCGGUAGGCCUUAGCCGCAGAUUUUACUCAAAGAGAGUCUCUCCCAAAGUACCGAGUGGGAGCUACAAAAUUGCGCAGGUUUCUUAUGAACUAAACGUUCUUGGUACUCGCGGUCCAAGGAGAAUGCAUUGUGCGAUGAACUCAAUUCCCGCCUCUUCCCUCGCUGAAGGCGGAACCGUGCCUGGACAGCCCGAUAUCAUUGUCCCGCGCUCUAUUCUCGACGAAUCGUUCCGCAGCAUUACCUCCUCCUCGUCGAGAAAAAUCACUUACGAUUACUCGAACGAUUUUAGUAGCGCACGGUUUUCCGACAUUCUCGGCCCGUUAGGCGAGGACGAAGAAGCGGUAUUAGAAGAAGGGAAAGAGCAGAUUUCGCCACCACUUGUGCUUAAGAACAAGCCGCCGAGGUGGCAUGAACAGCUUCAAUGCUGGUGUUUAAACUUCAGGGGACGCGUAACUGUCGCAUCAGUUAAGAACUUUCAGCUGAUUGCUGCAAACCAACCUCAGCCCCAGCCUCAACCGCAACCUCAACCUCAAAUUCAGCCUCUAACUCAGCCGCAACCGUCGGGUCAGACCGAUGGUCCCGACAAGAUCAUAUUGCAGUUUGGGAAAGUGGGAAAAGACAUGUUCACGAUGGAUUUCCGGUAUCCGCUCUCAGCGUUUCAAGCUUUCGCUAUCUGUUUAAGCAGUUUCGAUACGAAACUCGCCUGCGAAUAAUUCAAAAAGUCAGCUUUGUAUGUAAUGUUUUCAGAUUUGCUUUGGAGAUUCUUGUUUCGUGGUGUUUUAUUUUUCACCGAGAAUCUCAGAAUUAGAUUUGUUUUCAAGCUUUCAUAUAUUCUGAUCUGCUUAUGUUGUUUAUUGUUGCAACCAAAAAAGUUCAUUCGAGUUU